AUGGAAGAACCAACGCCAAUAUUAGAAGCACGGAUAUCUGAUACCUUCACCCCAAUUGAAGAAGACUUUUUAUCUCCGGGCACAUUUUCCAGCGCCGAUGAAUAUGCCGCGAACCCCAGAUUCCUGGAACUACAGGAAGAACUCCGUGGCGUCCUCUUCUCAGCUGUAGCAAGUCUCGAGCCAUCAAAUUAUACCCCAAUUCCACAGCCAAGUGAGCCACAGGGCACACGUCAAAGCCUAGAUUUCACCCGAGUGAUCUCAAUCCCCAAAAUCCGUCUAAUCUUCUACCUCAAAAACUGGAUCACAGAAUGUGCCCCAUACCUCGACAAAUUCGAUGAAGCCCGCCAUUUCGGUGUGCAUAUCCCAAUCCUAGCACAGGGCUCUCCAGCUCUUUUCUAUGCCAUACUAGCAUUCUCAGCCCGCCAAACAGAGCGAAAAGCCUGCCUCGACAAAGCAUACGACAGCCUCGAACUUUACCAAGAAUCAAUUCGUCUCCUAGCUCCAUGCCUGCAAGCAAAAGAUCCAAAUGUUCUCGUGACAGUCUGCAUUCUAGCAGUUAUGGAACUAAUGUCCGUCAGCCCCCGCGACUGGCGCCGUCACGUAGAGGGCUGUGCAGCCCUCUUCGAAUCCUUCAACGUAACCGGCCUUUCAGGCGGCCACCUCCAAGCGGUAUUUUGGUGCUACGCCCGCAUGGAACUAUGCGGCGCGAUCAUUUCCAACGGUGCAGAAAGCACAGUCCUCCCAUUAGACAAAUGGGUGCCUGCAGUCCUGGCCAACAGCGCCGAGGAAAAAGAAACUCGCAUCCGCGAUCUCUUCUGUGAACAGGGCCAUGCCUCACCGGACAUGCACGCUAACUGGGCUGUCUAUCUCUGUGCCAAAACAUGCGAUUUGUCCAGUCGACGUACGCGCUUCCUCGAAUUGGGCGAGAUAUCCUCCGAUCCACGUCCUUUCCCCGAACAAUGGAAACGCCUUUGGGAUGAAUUGCACUACUGGCUUGACCAGCGCCCGCCGGCAAUGUUGCCCAUAAAAACAACUGGUAUGGGAUCUGGUCAGAUCUUUCCGGAAAUUUUAUUUGCGCAUUGGGCUGCCAUCUCGGGGAAUCAGUUAUACCACGCGGCUUGUAUAAUGAUGCUUGACAUGAGGCCUGUAGAGCGCGGCUCUGGUCCUGGGGCAGCGUCCAAGCCGUAUUUCUCGGCAAUUUGGCAUGCAAGACGGGUAUGUGGGAUUUCGUUAACGAAUCCCCACAGCGGGAAUUUGAUCAAUGCUAUUCAGCCACUUUACAUUGCGGGUAAGCUGCUCAGUCAUCGCAGUGAGCAUGUCGAGGUUGCGAAAUUGUUUAAGAUAAUCGAAAGGACGACUGGUUGGGGGGCUUUGUGGCGACUGAGAGAUCUUGAGAGGGCAUGGGGAUAUGAGACUGGGGAAAUUCUGAGUGUUAUCUAG